AGGACCAACUCGGUUACUUGAUGCACUUGACUCCGUGUGUAGGUUUUCAGCUCCGAGCGUGCUCAUCCUCCAGUCGGUGCGCAUGCAAGCAGAACGGAAGGUGGACUGUCAGUAGAUUAGACACGUCGUCGUCGAAGAAGUCGGGAUAACAGGAACGAAAAGCGAGGCAACAGAAAGAUGCCCUCAUUUGGAAGAGCAGGUUUGAUACUGCUGCUGUCUCUUGUUAUCUUCAGUGGAAUAGGCUACCUCUGGCUCUCUUCAUAUUAUAUGGUAGAGGUUGAGGUCAAGAUUGAAGCCCCGAUGAAAAAGUGGUCCCCGCCCACUGGUCAAGUGAAGCUUGCGGCUUCCUGCACUUGCCCUGCGAAGUCAUAUGAUCUGGCAGGGAGCAUUCCCACUGCCAACCGAGAAGACAUUCAGAAACGACGGGCAGAGGAGUACAAGAAGCACCAGGCUAGAACAAGCUCCAUUUUGAACACACUCCUCUUUGCUCCAUCCAACUCUCCACUGCAGUAUCCCAUUCAGGGUUUCACAGUACGCCCCUUGGUCCCCACUCUUAUUCCAGGUUUAGCGUUGCACGGGGUUCAAAGAAGCAGCUAUAAGGUUUCACUACAGGUCACCAAAGGUGUCCUCAGUCUAGGGAACCAGAGUGAAGCACAAAGUGUCGAAGGUGGCGGAAAGCAAUUUCUGGUCUUGGAGAAGCUCAGCUUAGAGGAACUCAACAAACUUCUUGCGAAGGUCACCUACACCAUUCCUGUGUACCACAUACACACCGGAGACCUGGUUCACUUCUCGUUUGAGCUUCAUGAAGCUGUGUUCCCCAUCGCCAUUCGGCAACCAACCGUACCGGUUCUUUUCGACAUGGGAACAAACAUUAGCGACCAAGUGACAGUCACCACCAAAACCUUUAUGCGCUACAAAGAGUUGAAGGUCCUCAUAAGAAGCCUCAGGCAAUUCUACAAAGACGUGGUGCUCAUUGUAGCCGAUGACAGCUUUACUCCAGAAAAGAUCACAGAAGAAAAUGUUCUGCAAUACAUCAUGCCUGGUGGACAGGGAUGGUUUGCCGGCAGAACCCUGGCUGUCUCUCAAGUCACCACCAAGUACUUUCUUUGGGUGGAUGACGACUUUCUAUUCACUGAGAAAACAAAGAUAGAGGAUCUGGUGAAGGUGAUGGAGGCAACACCAGAGUUGGAUGUGGUUGGGGGUUCGGUUUCUGGAAACCAGUUCUACUUCUCCAUCGCCUAUGAGGAAGGCGAUGGUGAUACUGGAGGCUGUAUGGAAAGGAAGUCCAACAUAAAGUUCCAAUCACUACCAAAUUACCCACAAUGCUCCAUAGUCAAUGGGGUGGUCAACUUCUUCCUGGCUCGUACCGACGCUGUGAAUCGAGUGAGAUUUGACCCCAAGCUGAAGAGAGUGGCACAUUCAGAAUUCUUCAUGGAUGGUCUUGGCCAGUUGAUGGUUGCUUCAUGUGGCCAUGUUUCCAUUGGCCAUCAGCCGAGAGGGGCCAAUGCUCAAUAUGGUCGGUUCAGACACCCUGGAAAGGGUGAUGUGCAGUAUAAACUACAGCUGCACUACUACAAAAACCAUCUACAAUGUCUCCACUACAGAUAGGAAGAAUCCCGACGGAUCCGUUCGCUAUAAGAGAAAGUUAUCUUCCAGUACUAUGCAUGUUUUCCCAUAAUCAACCACUAUUGGCUUGAGUGGUUGCUACAGUAAUAGCUCAAUCAUUUUCAGGGUUAGGGUUAGGUUUAGGGUCUAUAUAUAUCAGUCGCGGGCGGCUGGUUGUUUUUAAAGUGAGGGAGGAAGGACUGCGCGCUUUGUUUUCAUUGGCCUGCUUGCACUGUUGGUGUAUGGUGGCAUAAGAAUGCGAGACUCAAGUU